UCAGAUUUAUUAGUUAGUUAAUAUCAAUCAUAAUUAAAUAUUAUUUUUUAUUCAUUAAUUAAAUAGCAAAAACUAAACACAUACUUAAUUACACGUAGGCAUAACACACAUAUAUAAAUAGAGAUACACUGAUUAUAAUUAAACUAUUUAUUCAGCUGAAAAACGAAAAGAGUUGCAAUAGAAAAGAAUGGAUGAAUCGAUGGAGUACUACUCUCCUUCUCCUUCGCCGUUUCCGUUUCCAAUUCCGUCGUUCGAUUCGGAUUCGGAUUACGACCUCCAACGAAUGGUGACCAGAUGGUUUCUACUGGCUCUUUUCGUCGCAGUACUGGUCUUGGCGGUUUUCGCCAGCACAGUUAAUUGUAGUCGGCCUAGGAGGGUGUGUAGGGCAAGCAGAAGUAGUCAUCCCCGGCCUCCGCCAUUAGAGAUGGCACAUAUUUUUCCUCCGCCUGAACUGCCUCCGGUGAAUGACACUGAUAUUGUGGUAGCGAUUACUUGCACGUAUAGAAUUGAGAAACCAAAAUCCCCAAUUAGUAGUGAUGAGAAGAAUAAUGAUGGUGGGUUCGACUGCGCUAUUUGCUUCGAGAAUUUCGAAUAUGGGGUUGAAUGUAAGAUGUUUGUGGAGUGUAACCAUGGAUUUCAUAAGGCUUGCAUUGAUGAGUGGCUCUCCUGUCAUAAUCAUUGUCCGCUUUGUCGUGGUACAGUUAGACCUGGCCACACCACAAAUCUUGAUCGGGUUUAAUUAUCUAAUUAAAUUAGAAUUGAUCAGUAGAGAUUAGCAUUAGUAAUAUGUAUAUAUGACUCAGUCAAUUUAACAAUUUUGUUUCUUAAUCUUUUGAUGGUUUUUUUGGGUAUUUUUUUUUUUACUUUUUCUUUUUUAGUUAUUGUGGAAGUAACCCUAAUUUGAGAUUCAUUAGAAUUAUUAUUAGAGCACUCCCAACAACUUUUCUACUCUA